AUGUUUUCGGCAUACAAGGACACGAUCGAGGAUGGAGAUCUGGUACUCGGGUGGAUGACCCGUACCGCCAUCAAGCCCAUUGUGGUUGAAAAGAAGGAAGGGCUCUUCAACACCCGAUACGGAGCCUUCCCUCACCGCAACAUGGACAAGUAUGGAGCUCAGCUUGGAAGCAUGUCGAAGCAGGGCUUCAUUCAUCUGAUUCACCCUACUCCCGAGCUAUGGACUCUCUCGUUGCCCCACCGUACCCAGAUUGUGUACACCACCGACUCAUCGUACAUUGUUCAGCGUCUCAAGAUUCGACCUGGAUCGACUGUGAUUGAGUCUGGCACUGGUUCUGGUUCCUUCACACACGCUAUCAGUCGAUCUGCAGGCCUCGCCGGCAAGGUUUACUCGUACGAGUUUCAUGAGGAGCGAUACAAUCUGGCCAAGCAGGAGUUUGAGCGUCAUCAGCUGACCAACGUGAUCCCCACGCAUCGGGAUGUGUGCAACGACGGCUUUGACAUUGAGAACAUCGACGUCAAUGCCACUGCCGUUUUCCUCGACCUUCCUGCCCCUUGGACCGCUAUUCCCCAUCUCGAGCGAGUUAUUGACCGAUCAGUUGUCUCUCGAGUGUGCUGUUUCUCGCCUUGCUUCGAGCAGGUUGUCAAGGCAGUCCAGGCUCUGCAAGAAGCCGGCUGGGUCGAUAUUGAGAUGGUAGAGGUUGCUGCUAAGCGAUGGGAGUCACGACUGGAGAUGAAGCGGUCUCUGGACGAGGCUAUCACUCGCCUUAGAGACGUCAAAGCCCGACGAGAGACCGGUCUGGCUAAGAGAAAUGCUCGAAUCAAGGUCGAAACUGAAACUGGAGUGGAGGAGGAAGAGUCGGAUGAGCGAGAUGCCAAGCGGUCCAAGACCGAGUCGGGUCACAGAGGAUACAACCCCUGGGGUAAGGGCCAGAAGAUCAAGGAGGGAGAUGAGAGCUUUGAGUGGACCGAGGUGUCCAAGUGUGAGCAGGAGAUCAAGUCGCAUACUUCGUACCUGCUGUUCGCCAGCAGGUUGCCAAAGCUGGGCGAAGAGGUAUUCGACAAGGACAUGUGUGUUCGACCAUACAGCGAGCGAUGCCCUGAGACUUCCACUGAGGGUGCUGAGGCUUCCACUGAGGCCACUGAGGCCCCUGCCAGGACUGAAGCAUAG